CACAACCAUUUAAAUAUUAUUUGUGCCUCGAUGUUGAAGCAACAUGUGAACAAGGCGGUGGUUUUGAUUACAAGAAUGAAAUCAUAGAAUUUCCCGUUUUAUUAAUUGAAAGUAAAACAUUUGAUGUACCAAGUAAUAAUCCAGUAUUGUCAAAGUUCUGUAUAGAGUUAACUGGAAUACCACAAUCAACAAUAGAUAUUAGUCCGUCAUUUCCUGAAGUGCUGUGCAAAUUUCAAGAGUUCUUACAUAGUCAUCAACUCUUUUAUAAGGAAAGUUGCUCAUUCUUAACUGAUGGUCCUUGGGAUAUUCGUGAUUUCAUCACAAAACAAUGUAAAAUUUCAAAAAUAUCUCGACCAAGAUAUUUUUCCCUUCCAUGGGUAGAUAUCAGAACUUUGUUUGCAAAAUUUUACAAUUGUAGGCCGCGCAAUAUUUCUAGCAUGUUAGCGCAUUAUAGUCUGAAGUUUGAAGGGCAUGAACAUUCAGGAAUCGAUGACACAAAAAAUUUAGCAAUUAUUGCUAAACGUUUGUGGGAAGACGGGGCUGUAUUUAAGGCUAACCGGAGAUUGCGAUGA